AUGGGGGGAAGCAGAGAAGGGGAUGGGGGGAAGCGGGGAAUGGGAUGUGGGGAAGCAGAGAAGGGGAUGGGGGAAAGCAGAGAAGGGGAUGGGGGGAAGCAGGGAAAGGGAUGGGGGGAAGCAGGGAAGGGGAUGGGGGGAAGCAGGGAAGGGGAUGGGGGAAAGAAGAGAAGGGGAUGGGGGGAAGCAGUGAAGGGGAUGGGGGAAAGCAGAGAAGGGGAUGGGGGGAAGCAGAGAAGGGGAUGGGAGGAAGCAGGGAAGGGGAUGGGGGGAAGCAGGGAAGGGGAUGGGGGGAAGCAGGGAAGGGGAUGGGAAGAAGCAGAGAAGGGGAUGGGGGGAAGCAGGGAAGGGGAUGGGGGGAAGCAGGGAAGGGGAUGGGGGGAAGCAGGGAAGAGGAUGGGGGAAAGCAGGGAAGGAGAUGGGGGGAAGCAGGGAAGAGGAUGGGGGGAAGCAGGGAAGGGGAUGGGGGGAAGCAGAGAAGGGGAUGGGGGAAAGCAGAGAAGAGGAUGGGGGGAAGCAGGGAAGGGGAUGGGGGAAAGCAGAGAAGGGGAUGGUGGGAAGCAGGGAAGGGGAUGGGGGGAAGCACGGAAGGGGAUGGGAGGAAGCAGAAAAGGGGAGGGGGGAAGUAGGGAAGGCGAUGGGGGGAAGCAGAGAAGGGGAUGGGGGAAAGCAGAGAAGGGGAUGGGGAAAGCAGAGAAGGGGAUGGGGGAAAGAAGAGAAGGGGAUGGGGGAAAGAAGAGAAGGGGAUGGGGGGAAGCAGGGAUGGGGGGAAGCAGGGAAGGGGAUGGGGGGAAGCAGGGAAGGGGAUGGGAGGAAGCAGAGAAGGGGGUGGGGGGAAGCAGGGAAGGGGAUGGGGGGAAGCAGGGAAGGGGAUGGGGGGAAGCAGGGAAGAGGAUGGGGGAAAGCAGGGAAGGAGAUGGGGGGAAGCAGGGAAGAGGAUGGGGGGAAGCAGGGAAGGGGAUGGGGGGAAGCAGAGAAGGGGAUGGGGGGAAGCAGAGAAGAGGAUGGGGGGAAGCAGAGAAGGGGAUGGGGGAAAGCAGAGAAGGGGAUGGUGGGAAGCAGGGAAGGGGAUGGGGGGAAGCAUGGAAGGGGAUGGGAGGAAGCAGAAAAGGGGAGGGGGGAAGUAGGGAAGGCGAUGGGGGGAAGCAGAGAAGGGGAUGGGGGAAAGCAGAGAAGGGGAUGGGGGAAGCAGAGAAGGGGAUGGGGGAAAGCAGUGAAGGGGAUGGGGGGAAGGAGGGAAGGGGAUGGGGGGAAGCAGGGAAGGGGAUGGGGGGAAGCAGAGAAGGGGAUGGGGGGAAGCAGGGAAGGGGAUGGGGGGAAGCAGGGAAGGGGAUGGGGGUAACCAGGGAAGGGGAUGGGGGGAGGCAGGGAAGGGGAUGGGGGAAAGCAGGGAAGAGGAUGGGGGAAAGCAGGGAAGGGGAUGGUAGGAAGCAGGGAAGGGGUUGGGGGAAAGCAGAGAAGGGGAGUGGGGGAAGCAGGGAAGGUGAGGGGGGAAAGCACGGAAGGGGAUGUGUGGAAUCAGGGAAGGGGAUGGGAGGAAGCAGGGAAGGGGAUGGGGGAAAGCAGGGAAGGGGAUGGGAGGAAGCAGAGAUUGGGAUGGGGGGAAGCAGAGAAGGGGAUGGGGGGAAGUAG